AUGGAGACUCUUCCUCGAUAUGCAGAGGGGCAACUUCCCCAAAGUGCAUUCGACGCAAUGCUUAUUAGAAUAGCUGGUCGACUCAGUAGCACAGUACCGGAAGCGCAUGCUGUCCUUGCAAGCUUCGUCGAAGGUCAAAGGGCGCCAAGUUACAGGCCAGAGAACGAUAUUGAACCCCCCGAGGCAAUCGAGCGGUUUCCUCAGGAUCAAGCUAUCCCCAAUGAAGUGUAUUCUUCUAACAAGGAUUUUGAUAGCCCUCAGCUCGUAUCCGUCAAACAGGCUAUCGUUUUCGAGUUCUUCGAUGCAAUUUUUAGGGAAGAUAACGAAACAAUAUCCCUACUGAUUCAACAUAACAUUGUUACCGCAAACACCACGUCUAAAAGUGGCAAAACACCUCUUCUAGAGGCAAUAUCGGCGAACCACCUCACCGUGGUCAAGCAAUUGCUGGAAAUGGGAGCAGAUCCUAAUGCAUUUGGGGAAAUUCAGGAAACGUGCGAACUGAACAUUAUCCGUACACCCCUGAUGCUUGCAGCCAGUAGCGGUUCCCUUCCUCUGGUGAAGCUUCUGUUUGAAGCACCACACUCUGCCAAUGAUAGUCUCAUUGCUCCAGAUGGGCAGAUUGCUCUUCGCCUUGCAGCUGACAAUGGACAUCGCGCAAUUGUGGAAUACCUUCCUUCACGUCGAGGAGGCAACUACCUUCGUUUCAAAGUCAAAAAUGCCGAAAAUAUCGAACGGGCAAAGAAGGCAUUGGAAUCGAUUUAUUACUUUGUUGAAUUCUUUGUAUGGGAGCUGCCUAUAUUCUUCCUAUGGAGCAUUCCAAAAUAUCUCGUGGUCAUUCCUGUUGUUGAUACUUGCAAGUAUUGCUGGUCCAAAAGGAAGGUCUUUGGGUCUUGGUGUAAACGCCAGGCUGUAGAGGUACCAAAACGGAUUUGGAGAACAGUCAAGAAGGUGCCAAAGGCAAUAGAGAUUGUAGGAAAGAGCGCAUGGAAGGCCGUCAAGAUGGUACCGAAGGCUAUAGAGCUCGCAGGAAAGCGCAUAUGGAAGUUUGCAACAGUGACCUUACCGGAGCAGUUGAAAUACUUAUUGAAAUGGCUUUGGAUCUUGGUUACUCAGCGGUUUCCGAAGGCGAUUUUUGACUUUAUCAAAUGGAUAUGUGAAGUCAUCAAAAAGAUCCCAACGGUCAUUGCAGAUGCAUUAGUGACCCUAGAAAAAUGGUUAAAGGCUCUUGCGACGUGGACAUGGGAUUUAAUUGUGACACGCAUACCUAAUGCUACUGCUAUUGCACUCAAGUGGAUGUGGACUGGUAUCAAGGCAUCUGCACAGGCAGUUUGGGAUGCCAUUCUGAAAUUUUUAUCCUUCCUCCAUACCAUUGUCUCUGCUAUCGCUUCGUUCCUUCGCAAAGUGACGCUCAUGGACAUUGUUCAUGCAUUUUGCGAUUUACUCUCAGCAGUGUUCAUAAAAAUCCCAAAAACGGUUUGGUCAUGGGUCAAAGAAUUGGGAUUAGUAUCACGCUCUAUUAUGGAAGCGCUGUUUAAAUCCUUUGGCCUCCUGAUAUGGAACAUCUGUGCGUUUAUACUCACCCAGCUCAUGCGUAUACCAAAGUCAUUAUUGCAUAUCCUUCAAAGUUUUGCGAAUGCCGUUGCAGUAGGAGGUCAUGAAAUAAGAGUUUGGAUUAAUCCAAAGGCUUUGUAA